CGGCCCCGGCGGGGGUGAAGGCGUGCGCUCGCGCGGGGCGGUCGCGGUGUGUGGGCGGAGCCGCCGCCUCCUCGCGGGUUCCGUUAGGUGGGGAGUAGCAGCCGUUGGCCGGCAGCCGUUUGCCGCCGGUCCUUCGCCGUUCGUUGCCAAUCGGUCGCCGUUCGCCGACGAAGAUGGAUGCCAAAAAGAAAAUCACAGCACCCCUUAUCUAUUCUGUUGCCGUUGCUGCCAUUGGAUCUCUCCAGUUUGGGUACAACACUGGUGUCAUCAAUGCUCCUGAGAAGAUCAUCCAGAGGUUCUUCAACAGAACCCUGUCAGAACGGAGCGGGGAGGCUGUCUCCCCAGAGCUCCUCACCUCUCUGUGGUCCCUUUCUGUGGCCAUAUUCUCGGUAGGAGGUAUGAUCGGCUCCUUCUCAGUCAGCCUGUUCGUCAACAGAUUUGGCAGGAGGAACUCCAUGCUACUGGUGAACAUCUUGGCCUUUGCUGGUGGCACUCUCAUGGCCUUCUCUAAAAUGGCAAAGGCAGUGGAGAUGCUGAUUAUUGGCCGCUUCGUCAUUGGCCUCUUCUGUGGUCUCUGCACUGGCUUUGUGCCCAUGUACAUCAGUGAGGUCUCACCCACCAGCCUUCGUGGAGCCUUUGGCACCCUCAACCAGCUGGGCAUUGUUGUGGGCAUCCUGGUGGCCCAGAUCUUUGGCCUGGAGGGAAUCAUGGGGACUGAAGCCCUUUGGCCACUGCUUUUGGGGUUCACGAUCCUUCCAGCAAUCCUACAGUGCGUGGCUCUUCUUUUCUGCCCUGAGAGCCCCCGUUUCCUGUUAAUCAACAAGAUGGAGGAAGAGAAAGCGCAAGCAGUUCUUCAAAAGCUCCGUGGUACACAUGAUGUGUCUCAAGACAUCCUGGAGAUGAAAGAAGAGAGUGCUAAAAUGUCCCAGGAAAAGAAAGCAACUGUGCCAGAGCUCUUCCGUUCUCCAAACUACCGUCAAGCCAUUAUCAUUGCCAUCAUGCUGCAGCUCUCCCAACAGCUCUCGGGCAUCAAUGCUGUAUUCUAUUAUUCUACAGGGAUUUUUGAAAGAGCUGGUAUCACACAGCCUGUGUAUGCCACUAUUGGAGCUGGCGUAGUAAACACAGUCUUCACUGUUGUGUCGCUGUUUCUGGUGGAGCGUGCAGGGCGCAGGACUCUCCAUUUGGUUGGUUUGGGUGGCAUGGCUGUCUGUGCUGUUCUUAUGACCAUCGCUUUAGCUCUGAAGGAUAUCGUGCAGUGGAUCAGAUACAUUAGCAUUGUUGCCACUUUUGGCUUUGUGGCUCUUUUUGAGAUUGGCCCUGGCCCUAUUCCCUGGUUCAUCGUGGCAGAACUCUUCAGCCAGGGCCCACGGCCUGCAGCCAUGGCAGUGGCUGGUUGCUCCAACUGGACCUCUAAUUUCUUGGUGGGAAUGCUCUUCCCCUAUGCAGAGAAACUAUGUGGCUCCUAUGUCUUCCUCAUCUUCCUUGUUUUCCUGGUCAUCUUUUUUGUCUUCACAUUCUUCAAAGUCCCGGAGACCAAGGGCAGGACUUUUGAAGACAUCUCCAGGGGCUUUGAAGGGCGAGCGGAAGCCAGCCCCACAUCACCUGUAGAGAAGAAUCCCAUGGUGGAGCUGAACAGCGUACAACCUGACAAAGAAGUUGCCUAAGAUUCACGACACACUCCUUCGACUCUGACAUCCUUAAAGAGUCAUUAAAGGAAUGAGCAAAGAAAACCAUGAGAACUGGGACAUUUUUUUUUUCCCCUCCCUCAAUUGCUGCUAUUUUCUUCUUUGCACCCACAUAUUCCCCCAUUCUGCCAGGCUUACCAACAUUAAGCAAAUCUGAUAUGGGUGAUCCCCAUUUCAAGUACUGGAAGGCACCUGGCACUUGCAAAAAUAUUUUCAUCUUCCCUGUCACAAAAAAAAACCACCAAGAGAACAGAGAAGAGCUGGCAAUAUUUUUGCUUUUCUCACCUUCUAAUUGCUAUUUGGGGUUAACAUACUUAUGCACGCAGUGACCGUUACACAUUUGAAUCUAAUGACUAUUUUUGUAGUGAGUUGAAGUGACCCACUAAAGUCCCUGGCCCUUCGAGUCUACUCUCUGUGUGUGUGCAGUGUUACACUGGAAAUUAACAAGCCUACCAAAAAGCCAUCUCCUUGCUUUUUCAUAUCCAGUGUGCACUUUUUUCAGCCUCAGGAAAAAGGGGACCAAGUUACAUGCAUAUUUUUUCCUGCUCUUUUAUUUUUUUGUAUAGACAGACUGAAAGCAUACUUUUACCUAAGUUUAUUUAUUUGUAUGUCACUGUAAAUAUUUAUUUUUUUAAUGGUGUACAAAAAUGUACAGAUAAAGAAAUUGAAGAUGUUUAAGAGAAAUAGCUAUUCUAACAAAAGAUGCUGUAGAUUUGAGGUGCAAUAAGACUGUAAGGGAGAAAUGUGGUACUAAAUAGGAGAUUGGGCAUUUUGGAUGGUAUGUACAACAGAGCCAAUUAUGCACAUCACCAUUAAAUUAUUUAUGCCCUUUGGAAAGAACUGCGAAUAAUUGUGUACUAGUGACAAGAGGUAUGUUUGCUUGUCCACCAAAAUCUGUUAUUUGGGAUUUUUUUUAGGUGGCGAUUUUAAGUAUUGUUCCCAAGUGAUUGGAAAGUGCGGUAUUGCAGUAAAUGGGUGGUGUUUAUAUUUUCAGUCGUGGUUAGGCGUUGUAUGGGAUGAUUCAGGGUGGUGAUUGCAAACCAGAAGGUAACUUUUCCUGCCUUCUGCUGUAUUCCAAUAGGUCAGAAAGUCUGAAAUUCGCAGAUUGUUACUUAACAGGUGUGUGAAGAUAACAGUUAUAUUCCAAAGCUGUAUUUUCUUAGCAAUUGUUCUUAUAAAUACCCUUCUGGACACAGGCAUGGUCACUUAAGGCAUGUAAGAUCAAAACGGUAGAGAUGCAGGACUAUAGACCAGAGCUACUGGAGCUCGCUAGUUCAGCAGCAUGAAAGGUCUGUAGUGCUCAGUCCACUGGCUGGUUGUAGGCUAAAUGUUUUUGCCCUGUGUGCUUUCUCCAGAGGAUCUGCAUGAUGUGAUGCCCAGCAGUGUGCAGCAUGCUGUGUAGAUGUGUACAGCUCUGUAAUCCUGCCUCUGUUAAAAGGGAUAUGGCAGAGGGUAAUUGUACAUCAGUAAAUAUUGGUCUCCCUGCUUGUUGUACUGCUAGGCAAUUGAGAAUAUAUGUGCAUCUGCCCUUGCUGCCAAGCUAGCAUAGUUCAGUUCAGGAAGGCAAAAAGCAGCACAUAGAGUACCCUUGGAAUCAAGGGUUGGGAGCUUUGCUUCACUGACUGCAAUGCUCUGUUGAGAGACUCCAAGCCUGUGGAGAGAGACCUGCACAAGCUAGCUAAUGGUAUCACAGAGGUAUGUCCAGUUUAAGCUGCUCUAAGACCUCUGUUGUCGGACUUGACUGAACUCUGGUCUACCUGCAAACUCAUGCUGUAGUUCAUCGCUGGAUAUCCUAGAAGAGAGGCAGGCCCACAGAUUCCAAGGUGGGUAAAAGGAAGAAAGGCUCAGAAGGAUGGGAAUGAUAGCAAAAUUGAUAGCCCGAGCUUUCUUGACAACAUACUGCUUCAGAGCAGGUCAGAGAAGUUUCCAUUGAUGUAUAUUCUGGGGGUGCGUAUCUGUUGUUUUCACUAACUAAUGGUGAUGUUUCUACCUUCCCUACUGAGAAACAGUUGCAAAGAUUGGUAAAACUUGCUGCUGUGAAAUACUUCCUGUGACUUCAUUUGAAAUAUUCCAGCUUUGCACAAUGCAAUCAUAUUACAACCAGUUUUCCCCAGCUUUCUACCGGGCUUCCAUGCCGAUAUUUACUCUCAGAAGUAUUAUAUAUGACUAUUCCCAACUUUCAUAUUUUGGCUCAGUUAUACAGGUUUUUGUGCCCUUUGACCCUCCAGCAAUUCUAGACGUAUUUCUAUAUGGGCAUCUAUAUUCCCUCUACAGCUGUGCAUAGGAGCAUUCCAUAUUUUGCAUCAGAGAUGUGUGUUGGCUUGGACCGAAAUGUGUAGGUCUUUCUCACAUGGUAUCUCUGUUAUUUUAUUUUUCUGUAACAGCGUUGUGAAUAUUUCGGAUGGGUUUUAUAUGCUUAUUAAUGUGGUUGUUUCCUGUUUUUAAAAUAAAAAUUA